AAGAUGGCGGCGGCGGCGGCUGUUUCCGGGUGUCCCUGUGCGCCGUGUGGGGCAGCGGGCAGGGUGCCGUCCUGAGGCGGGCGGCGGGGCAGGGCAGGCGGGUCAGCGGGGGAGAUGGCGGCGGCCGGCAGCUCCCCGAGCAUCGUCGAGUACUUCGGCGGAGAGGAUGGCUACCGCUGCGGCUACUGCAAGAACGAGAGCGGCAACCUCUCCCACGGUAUGUGGGCACAUUCGAUGACAGUUCAAGAUUACCAGGAUCUCAUAGAUAGAGGAUGGCGAAGAAGUGGAAAGUAUGUCUACAAACCUAUCAUGAAUCAAACCUGUUGUCCUCAAUACACAAUAAGGUGCCAAGCUUUGCAUUUUCAGACCUCCAAAUCUCACAAGAAGGUUCUGAAGAAAAUGUUGAAAUUUAUUUCCAAAGGAGAUGUUUCGAAAGUAGUGAGUGGAGAAGAGCCUAUGGAUUCUCAUAUAGAAGAUGUGGUCUCGUGUGAUUUUGCAUACAAAAGUGAAUCUCGUGUCAGUCAGUCUGAACUGACUCCCUUGAGUGUGGAUCACGCAGAGAGGGUGGAAAAUGAAGAUAAGGAGACAGGAGAAACAAAAGAGGUGGAUCAGCAGACGGUGGAAUCGGGUUCUCUUCAGAUAUGUGCAGAUAGAGACACGCCAGUCCCUGGAGAACCAUCACAUUCAGCUAAAACCGCUCAUGCACCGCCCAAGCCAGGGAAAGGGGCUGAUUUGAGCAAGCCACCAUGUCGAAAAGCAAAGGACAUACGGAAAGAAAGAAAACUGCAGAAACUCCUUCAGAACCAGACGCGCACACUUGAAGGCUCUCAACUUCAAGCAGGAGAUCAAGGUUGCCUCUUACAAAACUCUAAAUCUAAAGCAAACCAACCUAAAACCAUUGAAGACUUUAUUUUUGACACUUUACCUGAUGAUGCACGACACAAAUUGGAGGUGAGGUUAGUACCUGUCUCCUUUGAGGACCCCCAGUUCAAAUCAUCCUUCAACCAGUCAGCCACAUUAUUUGCCAAAUAUCAGAUGGCCAUCCACAAGGAUACACCUUCUGACUGUGGCGAAAAUGAGUUCACGCGAUUCCUCUGCGAUUCUCCUCUGGAGGCAGAGAAUGCACCCAAUGGACCAGAAUGUGGCUAUGGUUCUUUCCACCAGCAGUAUUGGCUGGAUGGGAAGAUAAUUGCUGUUGGUGUAAUUGAUAUCCUGCCCUGCUGCGUGUCCUCCGUCUAUCUGUACUAUGAUCCAGACUAUUCUUUCUUAUCUUUGGGAGUCUACUCUGCAUUACGGGAAAUUGCUUUUACUAGGCAACUUCACGAAAAAGCUCCUGAUCUCUGUUUUUAUUAUAUGGGUUUCUACAUUCAUUCAUGCCCCAAAAUGAGAUACAAGGGUCAGUACAGACCUUCUGACUUGUUGUGUCCAGAGACGUACGUUUGGACGCCUAUUGAGCAGUGUCUGCCCCUGCUUGAGCACUCGAAAUACUGUCGAUUCAACCAGGACGUCAAAGCAGUUGAUGAAGGUCGUAUUAAGGAGCUGGGCAGAGUGCGAGUACUUCACAAGAGAACCGUGAUGCCUUACAGCGUGUAUAAGAAAAGAAGGAAGGGGCCGAGCGACGAAGCCAGCGUUCAGCAAUACGCAAGUUUGGUUGGACAGACCUGUUCAGAAAGAAUGUUGUUGUUUAGAAGUUGAAAAAAAAAAUCAUUAAAUGGCAUUUCGAUGGCGCUACGUUUUGUUGCACUGCCACUGGGUGAUAUGUACUAUAGUUGUGUGUUGGUAUGCCGACUCAAAUAGCAGUAUGAAACGCAGGUAUAUAUCUAGGCUUGUGUGAAUACAUGGUACUGUGUUUAAAGGUCAACUCCAAUAAAACUUACAAUACAGCAAGGCUUUAGCAAUAUAAGUUUAGAAAAACAUGCUUGCAAUAUAUCUUAAUUAAGUAGUUCUAGCCUUUCUAUGCAUUUUGAAUAAUUCUAAGUAAGCAAAAUGAAAAACAGGUGUCUUUUUUGUAGAAAUGAAGAUUGACUAAAUCUAGGUUAACAAUAAUUAAAUUACAAAUGUUUUCAAAUAGCACCUUGGAUAUCUGGCAUUAAAAGUUGUCAUGAAAUUUAUGCUCGCAUUUGUAUGCUCCUGAACUCUUGCAAGAGAAUUGAAAUGUGCCGUUACUUUCUUAUGUGAAAUCUGGCAUGGUUUAAUUUUAUUAAUUAUUUGGAAAUUAUUUUCACUGCACGUUCUUCAUUUGUUUAGAGCAGUAGGUUAGUGCCUGAGGUCCUAGCGAAUGUAGGAGUUCAUGGUUGAUUCUCAGUGGCAGGGCGUGCAGUGCUUUGGAGAUCUUUCCCCUGUGGAGACGAAACAGAAUAGUUGCACUAUAGAUAUACCAAAGAUAUGCAGCCAAGCGGCACAGUGGUUUUUUGGUAUAAGCCUUAUCCUUUGUCUAAAAAGAGUGGAUAUUUUACUGCACAUCAGUAACGUGAAAUAGAGGAAGGUUUAUCCUAUAGCUCUUCAGUGCACAUUUCAGAACUGUGCUGAAAAACAGACGUGAGGUACCACUGCUGGGUUUUGUUGCAAUUAUGUUCUGCAGAAUUGUAUUGGAAGACUUAAAUGUCACAUUCCUGCAUUUUUACUGACUGUUUUGUUGAUGGUGCAGCAGCUCACAGGUUAACAUCUUUAAUAACAUUUUACUAAAUGCUUCUGUUGAAAACGCAGGGAUUUGUGAUGCUUUAUGAAAGCACUUUAUUAUCUGACACGUGAACAUUGUCAUUGGUGUUCUGUGUCCCUCUCAAGUCAUACAAGUUGUAGGAAUUUUUGGGAAUAACACCGUUGUAUAAUUCAGUAAUGUAUUACAACAUUGUAACAAUACCAAUGCAUUUAUGUUUCUUAUCUUCGUGGAUAACAGGAGCUAGUAUUUACCUUGAAUCAACUUGAAGUUUCCUGUUAACCUUUGAAGAAAGAUUCUUAUUCAGGAAUAUAUGUGUAGGUGUUUUUCCCCAGAAAGGAACCAGAUUCAGUUUUACCCUCUGAGAGUUACAUCUCCUACUGUUCAGGGCUUCGUUUUAAUUUUAGACACUUGGCCAAUAUUAUUAAUUGUUGAUUUUUAUGUGGAACAGAUGUAAGAAUUUUGGGAUUCAAGUACAUUGUAGAUUUAACUUUUUUUCCCCAUAUCUGAGUGAUCAUUGUAAUAUAUUUCAUAUAGAGUACAGCUUCAACACUAAUUAAAAAAGGUAAUUUUAUGUUUUAUUAAUUUGGAAGUACUGUAUUGCUCAGCUCCCAGUCUGCAACAAAAUUGAGUAUUUCUGUCAGCAUUAUAUCUGGUAUGUGUUCAUCUGCUGCCUGGGACCGAGAAGUUUCUGUAUAAUUUACAAUCUAGUUUGCCCAUAUCAUAUCUAAAGCUACUGCCACAGGAGAACCGCUAAAUACUACUUAAGAACAUUAUUAUAAAGCGUUCCUUUCUGUGGAGACCAUACUCUUGCCACUCAGUGAAAUGUCAAAUGGUAUAACAUUUUCUGCCUACACAAUGUGUUGAAAAGCAGUGAUGCCCAGGUGGCUUAGAACCAAAAUAAACGACAAAAUUGAUAUUAUAUCAUAUAAAAAGGUUAAUGGGCACACAGGAAUUCCAGUAUGACUUGCAGAACCUUAAAGAUGAUCAAAACCAUUUAAUGAUGGCCUCGCCGUGCUCCUGGAGAAGUUAAAGUUUCUGUUAAACUGCAAGGGAGCAGACCUCACGUCACCAUGCAGAGCUCUUGAAGAGCUCCCAUCUUUUUGUGCCCACUGCUACUGGUGCGCCUUCUGGAGGUGUAUUAGGCUUCUCUCUGAUGCUCUGGUGCUCCUGGGGAGCUUUUAAGGCCUGCAGUUAAAGAAAAGUGAGAUAAGUAUAAAAUUGAAAAUUGAGUACGGCUUGAAGUUGUCAUUAGUGUGACCACUAAAGGUAAAUGACCAUUUCCUGUGAAUUCCGAAAUGGUGCUUUCACUUUCUGACCUCCACUGGAACUGCAGCACCACGGCGCGCUGCCCUUCCGGCUCUUACUGAUCUCAAAUACACACAUAUAUUAAAAAAAAAAUAAAAAUAAAAAGGUCAACGUGAACUCAAAAAUUCAUCUGAUGCGGUAUGCUGAGACCUGACUCACUUCUCUAGUGUUAUUUUAGAAGAAAAUUGGUGCAGUAUUUUUCGGGACUGAUUACUCUAUCCCUGUUUUAGAAGUGGAAUAGAGUCUGAGGAUGAAGUUCUGUAAGUUUUGCCAUUGACUUCAGUGGAAGUGAAAAUUGACCACUGCUAUAAUUUUAUUUAAUAAGAUGUUGUCAUUGAGAGUUAUUGAAGCUAGAGAUAUUUAAUUUAGUACAAAAUAUUUCACAAGGGUUUUUUAGUGUAGUUAGUUUGUGAGAGUUAAUCCCUAAAGUAAGGUUACCUUGUUCUAUCAUCUGUUGAUAAAUGAGCGUAACGUGGUGGUAAGAAAAUGCAGAGCCGUGACCAGCGUUAAAAAAUACCACACUUUUUUUAAUUGGAAAUAAAUGGGGAGCUUACUCAUUUCCAGCAUCCACACAUUUCCGUAAAUGCAAAAGAACCCGCAUGUUGAGUUUGUAAUUGCUUUUCAGCAGGCCUGUUUGACUUGUAAGUAUAGAAAAUAAAGUUAUUUCUAGUCUCGGUAAAUAUUUAAUAGCUCUGAAUGUGACUUCUGUCUUAUUUGGUUGAAAUUCAUUCUCUUGGAGGUCAACUAAGCAUCCAGUGAACAGCAUAAUUGGGGAAGUCAAAGAGUAUCAGUGAUUAGAAGGGAGAGCUGUCAGGUCAAAACAUAUGCCAGUAUUUUAGAACUAAAUUUUAGUUCCAGCUAGACAGAUUAAUGAAGAGUUUAUGCUUUGAGAGAGACUUUAUAAUUCUUUUGCAAAUAGAAUAAAGAGGUAGGCUUUUCACAAAUGGAGAGUAGACGGGGCUAGCUAUUUAUUUUAGUUAGGCUACACCAUUUCUAGUUAGUGGGAAAACCCCACACUUUCUUUGAAGGAAGCAGCACAGAAAUCUGGGUUACAUUCCCAAAGAUAAUCCCACUGAUUCCUUUUCCUGCUGAAUGGGGCAGAAUUCCAGCUAAUUCUGGGUUCCUGAAUGAGACUUUUGUCGAAGCCCAGUCAUUCCAUGGCUCGAGAUUUUGGUGUGCCGAGGCUUGCGGUGGUGCAGUGCCCAAGGCUCUGUCCUUCAGAUCCUGUUUCCUGGGAGUAUUUAUUUCUUCUGUUUCAUUGCUCCUUUGGAGUCUACAUCCAUCAUUCUUUGCGGUUCUGGUAAUGUCUUUGCCAGACAAUCAUUCUGAUCAGCCAUGUAUUUCUGAAUUCCCUCUCAUUCUGGUUGUUCCAGAUAAUCCUUCAGACAUGGAUUACGUGCUCUCCUCAUCAGCCUUUCCAUCGCCACCGUCCCCCACCAAGCUUUAAUGGUUCUUCUUGCUCAUCUGUCCCAGUCUUGCUACAGGACGAGUCUGCAUUUGGAAGGGUGUAGACAAUAUUUAGGGCAGAAUUCAUCACCACGUUUCAGGGAAAUCAUCAGCAUUUCCAGCGGCAUCGUAGCCACGUAUCGUACCCAGUAUAUUUAUAAAACUGCACCUUCAGCGCCUCUUGCGUGUGAUCUCACACACUGAGCGUAAAAAAAGCCAGAUUGCGUUUCCAUGUGCCAGAUGAUUUGUUUUCUUAAGUUAGUCGAAGUGAUGGAGAGUUUCCAAGCCCUGACGCCGUGGCUGUCCUGAGGAGGCCAGCGUGGUGAGCUGUGUGCCUCCGGCAGGCUUGAGCACCAGCUGAGGGUGGUGGAACCUACCAUGGAAGGGUUGGCGGUGGCCCUGGGUGACAGAGAGAGGAACGGAAGGUGGCUGCGGGUCAGCCGGGCAUUAACAGGCAAGUAGUGUGUGAUUUGCCUUUACUUACGAAGCAGAUAUUAGUCUCACUGGGGAAAUAAAAAAGCACUGUGGCAAACAAACGAUAUAAAUAACACUAUUUAAUUUCAGUGGUAGCUGCUAACCAAAUGAGUAUACCAGCAAGGCUGGUUAUAAUAAGCUCCUUUUGUAGGAGUUUUUUUGAAAAGCAUGGUGACUAAGCGGCUAAGUAUACAAACACCCAGCAGAACACUUUGUGAAUAGAACUGCUUAAAUACAAAGAUAACGCGCACUAUAAAAUAUGUUGUAUAAGCCAAUACACAUUUACAGGAUAUAGAUGUACAGUAGUAUCUCAUACUGUUAAUAAACAUAGUACCCAGGUGCUAGUUGUGGUCAGUGGAUUCCUAAAUAAAUUAGUAUUCUAUAAAUUGAUCUAUCCAUUUUGUAGCACAUUUAUAGUUCAUCUUGUGAGCGCUUUGUUUUCUAACAGUAUUAAAAUAAACAGGAAAGUAAAUAUGUGAAAUUAACAUAUAAAACCAAGUAUAGCAUACGUUAAUGCUAUCUAUAGUAAUACAAACAAUCUUAAUUCUGAAAACAGUGGCUCUUACCGGUCUUAGACAAAUCAAGUAACAGGUCAGAAGCUUCUGGCUGCAUCUCUUUGUGGUUAUAUUUUACUGGUUUUAUGUUUAUUCAUUUCCUUAUUAUAACUAUUCCCAUCAGAUUUUUGUGCUUCCCAUCAGUUAUUUCCACUUGGGUUUUGACACAUAAUACACGUGUCUGCCAAAAGCCCUGCUGAGAGAUUGCUCUUAGGACAAAAGAAAGUGUUAGAAAGUCUAUUAAGGAGUGAGAAGAGUGCAGAGUCCACAGGGACAGUCAGUCUGCAACCUUUGUGCUGCGGAAAAAGCAGGGUUUAUUUACAAUUUAGUCUGCUGCAGGCUUUAAAAUAAAUGUGUCAGAUUUCAUUCAUUUCCCUUUGUCUGUGACAUCUGAUUAUCAUUGCCCAGGAAGAAUCAAUGGAGCAUUGUAGAAUAUUAAGGGGGGGGAGUUAAGGUCAGUGUACUGUGUUUUUAGCAAAAUAACGGAGUUAAGGAAUGAAAUUGCGUGAAUUCUGUUGAAAUUUUCUGAUGUCUACGUAGAGGCAGAAAAGUGUAGGCUGGAUGGGACUUCCAAAAAUUGUUUGCUGCUUCUCCCCUGCCUUCUCUUCUCCAGGCUGAAGCAGGGCAAGAACACAUCCACCAUCCCUCGAUCCCUCCCUUGGUGGGAAUCUCUAACCAAGGCAGUUCAGUCAGUUCCUCAGAGUGAUUUUCUGCAGGGAGUAGUAGCCUUGUUAUUGGAAGGUUUUACUAUCUGGUAUUUAUUUUUUGUACGUUUGGUUGCAAGUGAACCUGGUUUGCUUUGACCUACCUGAAUAUGAAGAGCGAUCACUGAGGUUCCUCUUUGCAACAUCUCUAGACAUUUUGAAGACUGUUGCCAAGUGAGCCUGCUGGGUUUCUUUCUAAUCUGACUGAUUCCAAUUACGAUUCCAGAUAGUCCCGUUUUUAAGAUAUUUUAUUGAGCUUUCUUAAGUAUUCCCCCAUUAGUCCACUUCUUUUAGUGCCAGCUGCUCCAGUAAUCAAAGUAAUAAUUAUUUCACUGUUUUACAUCGGCAAAUGAACGUUGUUUUUUCAAAAUAAUAAUUUUCGCUAUCCUAAAUGAUUUUUCUGUUUAACACAGAUCCAUAUUUUCUAUUUAUCUACCACACUUUAUUAAAUACAGUGAAGAACCAACCUUUACUCUACCAGGAAACACAAUUUUUCUUUCCUUAAAUGCUCUCAACCUGCAGCCACCAGAGGGCACGGUCCAGCUUGCGAACUUCAUUGUAGCACCAACGUUACUUCUUGUCUGAGCAUCCACGUUUUCUGGGUCUCUUUUAUUAACAUCUCAUUCCCAGUCUAACGUUUUACUCUGCUCUUAAUUGUGGUAUAUCAGGAAAAAAAAAAAAAUUAUUGUCAGGUGCGGUUGGCAAAGUUCUGCACUUCAUUAGCUGAAUGAAGCACGUUUGUGACAAUUCAGGAUUAAAAGGUAUUUCAAGACAAAUGUUCUAGAUUUUAAAUGACUAGGUAAAUUAUGCUACUAAUAUAUGACUGAAAUUAAGAUCCACAGAACACUUUAGGAGAGGCCAGCUGGCAGAGGGACCCAUCUCGAAAUGCUUUUGAUGCUAUUCUAGAUGAAGUAACUCUUGCUAUUCCUGUCCAUGUUUUAAUUGCAUUGAUCAACUCCUACCAAACUGUGUGCAGUGGGAGCGUUAAUAAUGUCUAUGUACUGUUUAUUGCAUGCGUUUUGACAGCUGCCUUAUAUUUCUCAAUGGGAUGGCAACAACUAAAUCAGUGCAUCUCGGGAAAAAUGCAAUCUCCAAAAAUGAACCGAGUGUGCUUGCAUCUUCUGGUGCAAGAGGUGUUUUCUGCGCUCGCCGACAAUUAACUUAGCAGUUGCACUUCCAGUUACUGAUAGCUUGUCCAUUCCCUUGCCAAGGCCCUCUCUUUUCAGAAGCCAAUUGAUGUUUAAGUAAAACACAAAAUUUUAUUUAAAAAAAAAUCACUGCUCAGUUCAUACCUAUCCUGAAAUUAAAAAAAAUAAAAUAAUAAAUCGCUU